CACACCUAUGGCACACAUGAGGAAUCUUACUCUGUUUCCUACACGACGUUGAUCACAACAUUGACCUCUCCACCAUCUGGAUAGUUCGCGCCGAAAAAGUCCCGCAAAAUGCUCCCUUCAAUGGACGAUUGCAAUGAGUGCAGGCCUGCCUAUCUACAGCGCAGACUUGACUCUUUCCCGCCUUCUACGAUAGCUUUAUCUUCUGCGCCUUUUGCCUUGACGUUCCUGGUAACAGCUGUAGCUGUCUGGCAGAAAGUUGUGCCGCACCUUUCAUCAUCAAAUUCCCCAAAAGACCAGAACAUACCAUUCUUCAACCGAGAAUCCUUGCGCUCAAAUAAUCACGGACUCGGCUCGUUACAGAACAUUUCCUUCAAAAGCAUUGCUGCCGUCACCUUCUCUGCGACAAUUUCACUUUCCGCGGUCCUCGUAGAGCUGAUCUUGUGCGAAAUCUCGAAUCUGUUGAAUCCAGCAGCCAGAGGAUUGGCCUUACGCAUCACCCUAUUCUCGCUUCUGAUCCUCAUCAUCAUUGUUAUUCCGAGUCUGGAAGUCCACUCUCUGGUCACUGGAUCGCGUUCUCGGUCUGAGAUCGGCACUCAGAAUUCACGCAAGUCUCGUCCAACCCUUCGCUACACAUUCGAAGCUUUCCUUUUGGGAAUCUGGUUCGUUGCCUUCUGGUACAUGCCACACACAUCGCUUCUUCCAGCUUCACUACAUUCGCAAGCAGGCCACCCGAGCAAGGAGAAGGACUUCGACUUUGUUGAGGCAUGCCUUGAGCGAGUGGGCAUCAUAGGAAUUUCUCUCAUGGCUUCUCUGGCUGGAUUUGCUGCGGUUUCCUCGAUCUGGCAGACUUUCGGCGUACGACACCGUGCUGUCCGUGACACCGACAUCUCGCGCAAGGAGAGUGGUUUGGCAGCAACCAGAGACAUGCUGGCUGUCAAGCAGAGUCGCCUUCGCGCAUUGCAACGCAAGAUGUCCGAGGCACCACAGGACAAGGGUGGAAUCAUGACCAGAAUGAUUGGUUCGAUCAAGGGAAAUUCCGACACGAACGAGCAACGCAGUCUCGAAAUGGAAAUCUCAGGUCUUGAAACGAUGUCCAUGACCCUGGCAUCAUCCUUGGCGACCAUCAAAACGCGAUAUGCCACACAACAACGCUCUCAGAACAGCCUUGGACGACUCUUGAAUAUGCUCAACUUUGGUUUUGCAAUCUACUGUUUGUAUCGUAUUGCAGCAACAUCCAUCUCUUCAAUGCGCAGGUGGUGGCAGCCAGAUGCAACCUUCGCGACCUCUGAUCCCAUCAACAACGUCCUGGCUCUACUCACCACACACUAUGACCCUACACUCGACCGCGAAGCAUGGUCCCGUCAGAUCUCAUUCGUGCUAUCAGGAGUCAUGCUUUUGCUGUCAUUCAACGCUGUUCUCCAGACCUUCCGCCUCUUUACCCGAUUCUUCCCAAGUUUGGCUGCUCAUGCGCAAUCUGCGCUCCCGCUCGUCAUCUCGCAAAUCGCUGGCGCUUACGUCAUCUCAUCUGCACUAUUGUUGAGGAGUAACCUGCCCAGCGAGGUCAGCAGUGUUAUCAGUGAGGCGUUGGGUGCACCACUGGAAGGCAGAUUUGUGGAGGCUUGGUUUGAGAGCUGGUUCUUGGUUGCUGUUGUGCUAACGAGCAUCGGUAUCUUGAUCAGUCGUAAAGUGGGAUCAUCUGCUGAUUGGGAAGACUGGGAAGAUAAUCAAGACAUGGAGAUGGGAAAACUGCAUUAAUGUCGGACACCAUGUAUUAUGGGUUGGGUCUUGAUGGUGAACAGGAAGGCGUAUUUCUAAGGUAGGAUUGGCGUUCUUCAGGGAUGGUAGAUAGAUUGGUUCGAUACCCGCAUGGCAUAUCAGAGGCAUUGGCGUAGGAACAUUUGAUUUUGUGUAUUAGAUUAAUGAUGAUUUGCCGUCAAUGGUAGUUGAGACCUCAGUUCUGGUUUCGGAGCAACAUAUGAAUUUCUUGCAAAAUGCCUUGUAUCUAUAUUUUCCUAAAUAGCAGUAGGUGAAAAUUCAGGG